AUGAAAAAAGUGAUCAUCGUGACCAACACUUCUAAAGCUGAAGCUUCGUGGAGGCUUCAAUUGACCGGCGAUUGGAGCCCAAUUCGAAAUGAAAACACUGAGGUGGUGUUCGUUAGCAGUGUUAAAGGGCUAUUAUCUUAUACAAACAAUUCCUACUGUACGGAUCCAGUUCUCUUCAUGUUUUUCCACGGAUUGGACUUCAUUGAAAGCACUAUUUCCAGCUUGAUUGAACUUUCACAGGACCCUGUAAGAGAGUUCCCUCUUGCCUAUGCGACGAAUCUGAUGACUAAAAAAAAUCACAUAGUGAAUGCGAAUCAUUUUGUGACUACGAGUCAUUUCAAGGAUAUGAGAUUUUAUUUUGACCUGAGCAUAGUGGAGAUGGGUCCAACUAUAGACUUUUGCGAUAUAGCUACAAUGGCCAGCCUGGUACUCAGCAAGGCGGGGGUAUUAUGUGACAAUAGAAGUUUAUAUAUAGACGAUACCCAUCUCGUUGGGGGGAAAGACCAACCCACGAGAUGUUUGCUAAGGAGCUUUCCUGGCUUAGAACUAAAGUUGGGAAGCGGUAUAUACUAG